GGAAACGAUGUAUUUAUUCUGUCAGAUUACUUGUUUGCUUCUUCAAUUGUGAAUUUACUUAUAGGAAUUGAUCCAAUUUCGUUCCAAGGUAAUCGCAAGCACAAGCUCCCUCCCUGACAUCAAGAUGUCGGCCCGUCAACGAAGACCAUCGACGACAUCGACUACAGAACUUCUUUUCGAAACAGCCAAAAAUAUUGAAAGGAGAGUCGAAAGCUCUCUUACGGUACUUUGGGAUGAUCUUCCCUCAUGGCAGCAAGACAAUCAUUACAUCAAAUCUGGUUAUCGACCUGCAACAGCAUCUUUCCAAAAGUCCUUCGCAUCCCUGGGUUACAUUCACAACGAAUCAGUCAAUAUCUAUUCCCACUUGGUUGGAGCCGUAGUAUUUACACUUUCGGGAUUCCUCUUAUAUGCAAUCAUCAAGCCUAGAUAUGCAUCCGCUGAAAUCGCUGAUGUUCUAGCGUUUAGUUGCUUUUUUGCAGGAGCUGCAUUAUGUCUUGGGAUGUCGGGGACUUAUCAUACCAUCUCUAAUCAUUCUCCUACUGUUGCUAAGUUUGGCAAUAAGUUAGAUUACUUGGGGAUCGUUUCUCUUAUCACUGGGAGUGUUAUACCUGGGAUCUAUUAUGGUUUAUAUUGUCAUCCACAUCUAUUCGAAUUUUACUCUACAAUUACGGGUGCACUUGGAGGUAUAUGUGCAGUUGUAGUCAUGCUUGAAAGGUUCAGAACCCCUGCUUGGAGACCUUAUCGAGCUGGUAUUUUUGUAGCUCUGGCGCUUUGCGGGGCCGUUAUUCCAAUACUAAACGGGAUACAACUUUAUGGAUUCCAUGCAAUGCGUGAGCGAGCGGGCUUGACAUGGUUGUUACUCGAAGGAUUUUUCUACAUUCUUGGUGCUUCAUUAUAUGCGGCUCGAUGGCCUGAACGGACCUCGCCAGGCUCUUACGAUAUUUGGGGAAGUUCUCAUCAGAUAUUUCAUAUGCUCGUUCUUGCGGCAGCUGCUUCACAUUUGUACGGCUUGACUAUAGGUUUCGAUUAUUAUCACAACGGUCUUGGACUGAAAUGCUGAAUCUCGAAACAUUGGUUGCGAGGUCUAUGUGUUGGAUGUUACGGACUAUUUCAUUCACCUGUCCAAUGAACCCUUCUCCAAGUUGAACGUGUGGUAGGGAUUUAGACGCGACAAAGGGUGUGAAUGAGAGCUUCGGCAUGUACAGAAAACGAUUUAGCGCGAUACCUUAUAUGGCCAAGAAUUUAGCCGCAUUGAUAGAAGCAGAUAUUUAUGUAGAAUGGGACUAGAGAAUUAUACAACGCAAGAUAUCAAGAUAUUAUAAUCAAGUAGUUGAAAUUGAAGACGGGCA